UGAUGAUAUCCACAAUAUCUAUCUACAUGUGUCUGUUUGUGUCUGAGUGUUUUUCCCAAUCAAUUUACACCUGAAGUCUGCGAUGCCAUCAAAGAAGCCAAAACGUGGUUCAUUACCACCGGAAGACGAAAAUCACAUGCAACAAAGUUUCCUUACGAAAGUCAUAAACAUCUUCCAUUUCAUUUUGUUUGUAUGUUAUGGGUUGUUGUCAACUGCUUGUAGCGCCCUUAAAGGAUACUGGAGAAUUAUACAGCCCCAGAAAAAAAAGGACAUCUCACAGGAAAUUAUUCUGGUGACAGGAGGGGGUCGAGGACUUGGCAGAAGACUCGCUCUGGAAUUUGCAAAACAUUCACCGAAACAGAUAAUACUGUGGGGCCGUCAUCUAGAAUCCCUCUCCCAGACUUGUGCAGAUGUGUGUGCACUGGGAGUCCCUUGUGUUUAUAUGCAGUGUGAUGUUAGCAACAAAGAAAAUAUUGACCAACAGGCAAGUAUAUGUCAAGAGAGAUAUGGUCCUGUUAGUAUUCUGGUAAACAAUGCUGGAGUGAUGUAUGGAGGGAAAGUCUUGGAACUUGCAGUGGAAGAUAUUGAAAUGUCUUUCAAAGUUAAUGUUUUGGCACAUUUCAGAACAAUACGUAGUUUCUUGCCAUCCAUGCAAGAAAGAGGCCAUGGACAUAUUGUCACGAUUGGUUCCUGUUUGGGAUUGAUGGGAAUCAACCAAACCAGUGCAUAUGCAAGUUCCAAACAUGCAUUGACUGCUUUCUCAGAAUCUCUGUCCUACAUUGCUGAAAGUUCUGGAUAUUCCGGUGUGAAGACAACAAUGGUUUACCCUUUCCAGAUUGACAAUGAAAUGUUUGCUGGUUGCAUCAGCAGGUUUCCCAAGAUCUUUCCACUCAUAAAUGAAGAAUAUGUUGCUAAGAAGACAGUCGAAGCUACUCUGACCAACACGUUUUCUUUGAUAAUUCCACAGCAUCUCACAGCGAUUUUCUGGAUGAAAACAAUUAUUCCUGUGGAAGUGACAAGUUUGGUCAGUGACUUUUUCGGAAUUACAUCAGCAAUGCAGACUUAUAAAGGGAACGAAAAGCAAUGUGCUUCCAAUAAUGGACAAGAAAAGAAAAAGACCAAAUAUUAAAAUUUAGUUCAAUAUUUCCAAUUCCUGCCCGAAUUUUACCAUGUACUAUACAUAUAUAUGUAUACCUCUAUUAAAUAUUUACCACAGAUUAAAAGACAAAAAAGAAGUCUUCUGGACAUACACACUUUCAUACACAAAAAUUUACACAUAAGCAUAUACAUACAUGUACACAUAAGCAUAUACUUACAUACUAACAUACACACACACAUAUAUAUAUAUAUACAUUGUCAGUAAAUCAUAAGUCCAAAAGCGAGACAGCUAUGGCUCAAUUAUAGCCAGGUAACUCUAUAAACUGGCCAUAACUGUCUUGAUCUAAAUACAUAUAUGGUGAUUGCUCCAUUCCACAGAUGAUUAUUGUCUCCUUGCUGACUUUCCAUCCAUGACUUCUCAGAUGACAAAUGAGGUUACCAUAAAGAGACAUCUGUACGUCAUUGGAUUAUAGUGAUAAGCACUUAUACCAGACGAGUACCACUGUCUGAGCCUCUGUAACUAGUCCUUAGAGACAGGCCAAAGCGAGAUGAUUUGUGACCAUGUGACACUGCAGGUUUCACAUCAGAGUGUCUCUCUCUCUCCUGAAAAGAUGUUGUGAUAACAGUUAGGAGUCCCUCACUCCCGGUGGUUUCACUACGCAACCUGAUGGAUCGUCAUCACAUCUGCUAGUUAACCCAUAGCUGGGAUCCUGGCAGAGGCUACUAGUCCAGGCUAGAAUAGACCUGGAAAUGAUAGAAGUAAAGAGGUGGUCUCACACUCCUCAAAAGCCUGGAAUUCUCAAACCAAGGCUCCACUAUUGAUGCAGUUUAAAGUCAUAUCUAAGACAUAUAUAUAUGUAUUUAUAUACUGAAGGUGAUAAAUUGAAUAUUGAUUUAAUUAACAUCAAUUUAAAACCAGUGGUCUAGUAUAUAAAAAAAUCUGAUAAUUCAGAAAAAUUGUAUUACAUGCGUAUAAGAAGGGAUGACCACUAAGUGGACAUCCAAUAUGCAAGAAAGAGGUCAUCAACGACCCAACUAGUGUUUGCUGAAUUUUUUUUUCUGGAGAACAUCAUUUUUCUUUGUGGUUGGGUCGUUGAUGACCUCUUUCUAGCAUAUCAAAUGUCCACUUAGUGGUCAUCCCUUCUUAUACACACACACACAUAUAUAUAUAUAUAUAUAUAUAUAUAUAUAUCCUUUAAGUUCAUUUACACUAAACAUGUUGAAUAUGCUUAUGAAAGUUCCUAUUCUAUUAUGCUAGUUACAGCCUCUAACGAUGCUAGCUGGUGAUACCAGUUUUUUGGGGUUACACUGAGCUGUGCCAAUAUAAUCUAAGAUAAAUAUAAUAAUAACAAUAAUCUUUGCAUGGAAUUUAUAAAUACUUCAAUGCAUCACUAUGUGCGUUUCCACAAAUUCCAUGUUUCUUAAGAUCAUAGUCCAUAUUCCUGGGAUGAUUUCAGCACAGUCAGCAAUAUCCAUGGAUAUCAGGUGGUUAAUGGUCAUGCAUUCAUUUCUUCAAGUAUUAAAAUAUUUAAUUUCAUUUAAGGAUUAUUGUUAUAAUCAUUAUUAUAUGAAUCUCUGUGUGUGUGCAUGCAUGUGUGUGUUUGUAUAUGUAUACACUCGCAUAUAUAUAUUCUUUUACUUGGAGUCAUUUGACUGUGGCCAUGCUGAAGCACUGCCUUGAUAUUAAUAAUCGGCAGAAGUUUCAGAAUCACUCAAAGAUCGAGAGUUUCAUGCCCUGGUACUUAUCAUUAAACAUAAAGUUCUUGGGCUUUGAGUCACUCUGUAAGUUCUGCCAAUUAUUAAUAAUAAAAAUAUAUAUACUCUUUUGCUGUGUCUGGGGAGAGUCAUUCUCUUUUAAUGCCUUAUAAUUUAACACACUCACUGGCAAUUAUAUGGCAUAGCAAUUAUAAGGCACUAGAAGAGAAUGACUCUCCCCAGACACAACAGAAUAUGCUUCAACACACAAACUCACAUAAAGAAUCUGGCAAACCAAAACCAAAAACGAAAGAAAUAUACUCUUGUUUUCAGUUCUACUUUCCUGUUUGCAUCACCAAACACACACACACAGACACACACACACAGACACACACACACAGACACACACACACACGUAUUGAUUUGAUACUUGUUUAUUGUCAUGCAAUAAAUUCUUGGCUCUUGAGUCACUUGUGUAGCUUACUACUAAUAAAGCAUAGUAAAAAGAGUCAUUACAUAUAAGUAUACAUAUAAUAAUAUAAAUAAUAUAUGUAUAUACACACACACACACACACACACACACACACACACACACACACACACAAGUAGGGGCUGAACAGUUUCUGGCUUUGAGUAAAAGGAAAAAACAGGAGGAUCAGUUAAUUAUGAUUUUAUUCCACAUAUUCCCCUUCUCAGAUUCACACACUUAUUGCAGUGGUCCUUCAGUUUUUCUAAGUCCUGUAAAAGAACUCGGAAGGUUGAGCCUCCAGCCAGGUCUUUCACGAUGCCCUUAAAGCCAGAAACAUUUCAGCACCCACACGUAUAUUUUAUAUAUAUAUAUAUAUAUAUAUAUAUAUAUAGUGCUAAAAAGUUCUUGGCUUUGGGCUAAAAGAAAAUACGAAAAUACAGAAAAAUCAGUUAAUUAUGAUUUUAUCCAACAUAUUCUCCUUUCAGAUUCAUACACUUAUUGUAGUGGACCUUCAGUUUUUCUAAGCCCUGUUUAUGAACUCAGAAUGUUGGACCUCCAACCAGGCCUUUAGUGAUACCCUUAAAGCCAGGAACUUUUCAGUGGUAAUUGAAUAAAUCCACUUUCAUGCAAGUUGAAAAUGAAAGCAAAAGCAAAGUCAAAUUUAUAUUUCAAUAUUUCAAGCAUAAAAACUCUUUAUCAAACUUACCAAAAAAAAAACAAAUGGAGGCUGAACUGACUCUCUACUGCACAGAUCAGAAAUUACGAAGUGGUUAUUUUAUGAAUGCCAAUAUUGAAGGACACUAGUGGCAUGAAGAGACCAAUAAUGUUAAAUCAGCUAAUUAGUGUCAUUUAGGCCAUAUCUGGUAUUGCUAAUGAGUAAAUUUUGUUUCAUUAAUAAGAAUGACUUUAAAAAGCUCUGGGCUUUCCUCUCUCCUACUCUCACUCUUUCCACCUGUAUGUAUAUACUUCUGUAUGUACAUGCAUGUCUGUGUGUGUGGUCUAGUGGUGGUGGUGGUGGUUGUUGUUGUGUGUGUGUGUGUGUGUGUGUGUGUGUGUGCAUUUGCCUCUCGCACCAGAAAGAACUGUGCAAGCUCUACAUUCAAAUCCUCACUGCAGAUUACCUCACUGCCUACAAUAGUUUCUCAAUCAUUUUAAGUGUUAUUGUUUGAAAAAUCAAUUGUUGUUGAUGGAGGUGUGAGCCUCCUUAAGGUUUAUAUUAUUUAUUAAGGUCCCUAAUAAAGGAUAUUGAGUAGCCAUCAUCAAUUAACAUCACCCUUUGGAACUUUUUGGUGUUGAAAGAUCUCUUUCCCCACUUUCCUGCAUCUGUUGUGUAUGCAGGACAGAUUUCACUUCAUGCAUAAGCAGUUUUGACUUUGUUAAGUAGAGUUUAUGCUCCCUUAAAAUAACAUCUGCUGCAAAGUAGUAACUGUCAAAGCAACAAAAAAGAAUAUUGGAAAUUUCAGGAUUAAAGAGGCUAUCCUUAUUAAAAACAGACUGGCUGAUUUAACACUGCCAGUUUGUGCAUGUUGCAGCCACAUCCCCAUUCCCACCCACCUAAAAGUAUUUAAAAAGAAAUUUACUGUUUUGGUACUUAUGAACUGUGGAGAAUAGAAAACAGAGCUAGCUACAUUUCCAUUUUCUUUUAAUAAGAAGAUUUCAUAUAUAAAAUAUUGAAAGAUAAAUAAAAACUAUAAACCCCUUGUUCCUACUUUGCUUUUGUUUUUUUUUUUCACUCCACUUUAAAUUUGCAUCAGUGAUUUUCUUAAAAGACUAUAUGUAAGUGUGUGUGCAGGUGUGUGUGUGUGUGUGUGUGUGUG